AUGUCUACACCUUUUAGCGACAAACUUUCUCCAGAUACUACUUGCGUGGUUUGUAAUGAUGUGGCAACUGGAAAUCAUUAUUCUGUUCCCUCCUGUAAUGGAUGCAAAACAUUUUUUCGUCGUGCUAUUGUGAAUAACCGCAACUUUGCAUGUAUGGGCAAUGGAAAAUGCAUUGUAGAUAAAGGGGUUAGAUGUGCUUGUAGAGCUUGCCGGUUAGAAAAAUGUAUAAAAAUGGGAAUGGAUACAAAUUCAAUUCAAUCAGAAAGGGACAGGAUAGGAUACACAAAAAGAAAGCGACGAGAUAAAACUGAACAAACAAAUAAAGAUGAAGAACAUGAAAAAUUGGAAAAUCAUGCAGAAAAUGAAUUUGACGUUUCUGAUGAAGAAGAUAUUUCUUUUCAUGGUUCAAUCGAUUUACAUAAUGGAAAUAAUUUGUCAACUAUUCGAGUAAAUAAUAAAACAUCCAACUCUUUCGAUGGAAUUUUGGAACGUUUAACUCAACUAGAAAAUAAUUUUACUUUACUCUUGAGCCGUGGAGAAAUCCAUCCGUAUGGCACUUUGGAAGAAGCAUUGAAAGCACCAAGUAUAUUUUCAAGGCCAAUAAAUGUUAAGCUCUCUGAUCCAAUUGUAACUCCAAACAAAGACAAACAAAAGAUGCCAUUUUGGCGUUCACGAAUAAUAGCUUUAUAUAUUGAUUGGGCAAAAACUUUUGCAACAUUUCGAAAAUUGCCCUAUUCUGACAAAGUUGCCCUAAUUACAAACCACGCCAGUAGUUAUAUGAUAAUGUGUGAAGCAUUCCGAACUCCAGAAUUAAUUCCAGAUGAAAAAAUUAUUGAUGGAAUUGAACGUAUUGCGGAGAAAUUGCCGAGCACUUCAACAAAUUCUAAUAAUUUGGAAAAUUUUGAAACUUCUACUACUACUACUCAACCACCUAAAAAAUAUUCAAAAAUUGUUGAACCAACAGAAUCUUGUGAUAAAUUAGUCAACAAUACUCAUCUAAUAUCGCCAAAAAAUAAUUUUGAUCCGGAAAAUGAGACUAACAAUAUAGCAAAUAAUUUGCCAUCAACUUCAACAUCCCCUGACAAUUUUGCUACAUCAUCAUCAAAUAGUCAAAUGUCUAACAAUAUUGAUAAUAUGCAUGCAUUUUUUGAUCCUCGACUAAUUCGUGAUGGAAAUAAUUGUCAUGAAACAGGUGUUCGUUCUGUUGUAGAUGUUCCUCCAUCAGUUCAUUAUCCAACGGUCGGAUGUUUGUCAGGAUUAACUCCUGUCAUGGCAGCAAUGAUUGAUUGUUUUGGACGCUGCAAGUCAAAGAAAUGUUUGUGCGGAACAGAAAAAAUGAUUUCUGCAUUUUAUACUCAUAUAUGCCAUUUUCAUGAAACUUGUGAAGCUCAAAAACGUUUUUCUUCAAUUUUGCUUCGAAUUCCAAUGAUUCGUAAAGUUGCAGCAAAGAAAAAUGAAUCGCUACAAAUUAUAGAUCUUUUUAAUCUGUUUACUCUCAAUUCUUUGGUUAAAGAGACUACACUUGGCAUUAAAUAAGAAGAGGAAAUUUAGUGGAAAAUAAAUUGGGACUCGGUGAUUUUUUAAAUAUUAAUGUGUAGUGUUUGUCAAUAAUCUUGUCAUAUAUUCCAUUCUUGUUAUCAGGUAUUUUUUUGAAUUUUUUUAGUUUAAAAAGAAAUUGAGUUGUGAUGG